UUCUUCUUCUUCUUCUACCUUUCUUCCUCUCCCAAUCUCUCUCUCUCUCUCUCUCAAAGUCUCCCCCAAAUUUUCGAUCUUUGGCCCCAAAGCUUGGACCUUUCUUGAAUCAGACCAUGGAUCUGGCCCCAGAAGAACUUCAAUUUCUGUCAAUCCCAGACAUUCUUCGAGAAUCGACCUCCAUCCCCAAACAGUCCCCCAAAACCUUCUACCUCAUAACCCUAACCCUAAUCUUCCCUCUCUCCUUCGCAAUCCUAGCCCACUCUCUCUUCACCCACCCACUCCUCAACCAGCUCCAGGGCCCGUCCACCGACCCGGCCCAGCUCCACCACAAAUGGACCGUCCUCCUCCUCUUCCAGUUCUUCUACCUCAUCUUCCUCUUCGCCUUCUCCCUCCUCUCCACCGCCGCCGUCGUCUUCACCGUCGCCUCCCUCUACACCUCCAAGCCCGUCUCCUUCUCCAACACUCUCUCCGCCAUCCCCAAAGUCUUCAAGCGCCUCUUCAUCACUUUCCUCUGGGUCUCGCUUCUCAUGGUCGCCUACAAUUUCCUCUUCGUUGGGUUCCUGGUUCUCCUCAUCAUCGCCAUUGAUUCCCAGAACCCUCUUCUGCUCUUGUUUUCGGGGGUCGCCGUUGUCGUCUUGUUCUUGGUGGUUCAUGUGUACAUCACUGCGCUGUGGCACUUGGCCAGUGUGGUUUCUGUGCUGGAGUCGGUUUACGGGUAUGCGGCCAUGAAGAAGAGCUAUGAGCUGAUGAAAGGGAAGACUGGGAUGGCCUUUGUGCUUGUUUUCGGCUACUUGACUAGCUGUGGGAUUAUUGGAGUGGUUUUCGGGACCGUGGUGGUGCACGGCGGCAGCGAUUACGGGGUUUUCGCAAGGAUUGUGGUUGGGGGGUUCUUGGUGGGGCUUUUGGUGAUUGUCAAUUUGGUGGGCUUGUUGCUGCAGAGUGUGUUUUACUAUGUUUGCAAGAGUUAUCAUCAUCAGGGUAUCGAUAAGAGUGCUUUGCAUGAUCAUCUUGGGGGGUAUCUCGGAGAGUAUGUGCCUCUCAAAAGCAGCAUUCAGAUGGAGAACUUGGAUGUUUGAUGGAGGGAUUUAUGUUUUUGCUGCUUGGAGAGCUUACUGAAACCCCAUGCCUUACCAAUGUUUGUCACUAUAAUCUGUUGAAGAAACUGAAGCUGGCCAAUCAUUAUGCUUUGUAUUGUAGUUUGCCGAAUGGAAUUUAUAAUUUCUGUGUGUCAAAUUACAUAUUGUGUACUAAAGCAUAUACGUCUUGGGAAAAUUGAUUAUUGGCCAACUGGUUCGGGUCCUUGUAUGCCACAAAUUUUGGUCAUAGUGUCAUUAUGCAUUUCAUUAUAUUUUGGUUGCAAUGUUCAUUGUAACUUUUCCAUUCACUUGAACAUCAUCAGUCAAACUUGGCACCAGUAGAACAAGAAUUGCAAAGAUGCAUGAGAUCAUCCACUUUUCACCUUUCUUUCUAGACAUGGAUUGUGGGUACAAGAUCAUGGAUAUAUGGAUAUAUUAAUGUGUUUGUGUAUG